AUGUCAUUUGAAGGUUUUACAAGAUACAUGGAUUCGUCUGAAUGUCUACUAUUUAAUAAUAAUGCCCUUUUGAAAGGAUGCCGUUGUCUGGAAAUUGACUGCUGGGAUGGAUCACAAAAUGAACCUGUUGUAUACCAUGGUUAUACAUUCACCAGCAAGCUUCUGUUUAAAACUGUUAUCCGAGCAAUACACAAAUAUGCAUUCAUAACAUCUGACUACCCAGUGGUGCUCUCUUUAGAAAAUCACUGCUCCCCUUCCCAACAAGAAGUGAUGGCAGACAAUUUGCAGUCUACUUUUGGAGACGCCUUGCUUUCUGAUACGCUUGAUGAUUUUCCAGACAAAUUACCUUCACCAGAGGCAUUAAAAUUCAAGAUAUUAGUUAGAAACAAGAAAAUAGGAACUUUAAGGGAAACCCGUGAAAGGAAAGGUUCUGAUAAGCAUGGUCAGGUAGAGGAAUGUGAAGAAGAAGAGGAGGCAGAGCAAGAGGAGGAGGAAAAUGAGGCCAAAGGACCAGAACCAUUGGAUGCUUUUCAAGAUGAUUUGGAAAAGGAGGCAGCGUCAAAAAGGGCAGUCGGAAUUCCACUCUUCAAGAAAAAGUUAAAAAUAGCUACGGCCCUAUCUGAUCUUGUUAUUUAUACUAAAAUUGAGAAGUUCAGAAGUUUUCACCAUUCAAGACUGUAUCAACAAUUUAAUGAAAGUAACUCUAUUGGGGAGUCACAAGCCCGAAAACUUUCAAAGUUGAGAGCCAACGAAUUUAUUCUUCACACCACAAAGUUCAUUACCAGAAUAUAUCCCAAAGCAACAAGAGCAGACUCUUCUAAUUUUAAUCCUCAAGAAUUUUGGAAUGUAGGUUGUCAAAUGGUGGCCUUAAAUUUCCAGACCCCUGGUCUGCCUAUGGAUCUUCAAAAUGGGAAAUUUUUGGAUAAUGGUGGUUCUGGAUAUAUUUUGAAACCACACUUCCUAAGAGAUAGUCAAACAAAGUUUAAUCCAAAUAAAGCACUAAUGGACAGUAAUCCAAUCAUACUUAUGAUAAGGCUCAUCAGUGGGAUCCAGUUGCCUCCCAGUUAUCAUUCAUCAUCUAACAAAGCUGACACAUUAGUGACUGUAGAAAUUUUGGGAGUUCCAAAUGAUCAAAUGAAACAGCAGAGUCGUGUAAUUAAAAAAAAUGCUUUUAGUCCAAGAUGGAAUGAAGCAUUCACAUUUAUUAUUCAGGUGCCAGAAUUGGCAUUGAUACGUUUUGUUGUUGAAAAUCAAAGUUUAGUAGCUGGAAAUGAAUUUCUUGGGCAAUAUACUCUACCAGUUCUAUGCAUGAACAAAGGUUACCGUCGUGUUCCUCUGUUUUCCAAAAUUGGUGAGAGUCUUGAGGCUGCUUCCCUGUUUAUCUAUGUUUGGUAUGUCAGAUAG